AUGAGGGGACUUUGGACAGUACAUGCAAGAAACAUCAAGAUAGUCAAACAUUGUAUGGUACAUCUCACCAAUCUCAUUCCUGCAGAUGUCCAGCUCAGGCUAAUUGAGACCAAGACAAACAUACAUGUUCUUUGCACUCUCGCAUCACAGCUUGCAACAACUUCACAUGGCCAAACAACCUUCGAGUCAAACUCGCUCUUCCACAUCAGGAACGCAGGGAACAGGGGAAACACAGGGGGCAUGCGAUGA